UUCUCACUGCACUCAAAUCCAUGGUGAAUUUGGGUAUAACAUUUCUCUGGCGGUUUGGAAGGGGUGCACCGGUGCAUCCAUCUUCAGUGAGUCCGUUAUUUGCUUGUUAGGACUGGAUGUGGAACAGAAGUUGCACCCAUGUGAAGGAGUUCAUCCUGGUUGGAUUUCCUGGCUCUCCAUAUUUGCAGCUAACGAUGUUUCUCUUCCUCCUCUUUGCAUAUGUCCUGACAGUAAUGAGCAAUAUCUCCAUUAUCAUUCUGGUGACGACGCACCGUCAUCUCCACAGCCCUAUGUAUUAUUUUCUUUGUAAUUUUGCCUUCCUGGAGAUCUGCUUCACCACUGCCUGUGUCCCAAAGACAUUGGUUAAUUUGGGGUCACAGAGUCAAUCCAUUUCCUUCACAGGUUGCCUCCUUCAGAUGUACUUCGUCUUUUCUUUCGGUUGCACAGAAUAUUUCCUCCUCACUGUCAUGGCAUACGACCGCUACUUGGCCAUAUGCUACCCCCUAAGCUACACCACCAUCAUGAACAGCACUCUGUCCACAUGGCUGGCAGCGGUUUCUUGGAUAGGUGGUUUCCUGACCAUUUCAGUGCCCACAUUUUUGAUUUCCAGGUUGUCUUUCUGUGGCUCUAAUGUCAUCAACCACUUUUUCUGUGACAUCUCUCCCUGGAUUAUCCUUUCCUGUACAGAUACCUCCCUUGUGGAGAUGGUGUGCUUCAUCAUGUUUGCCGUUGUCAUCCUUGGCUCCUGUGUCAUUACCUUGGUCUCAUAUACUUAUAUCAUAUAUACUGUACUGAAGAUCCCAUCUGCACAAGGCCGCAGAAGAGCGUUCUCCACUUGUUCUUCCCACCUCAUGGUAAUAACUGUUUGGUAUGGAUCCACUAUCUUUCUCCACGUCAAGCCUUCCAUCAAAGCUUCCUUGGAACUGACCAAAAUAAUCACCAUUUUAAAUACUGUUAUAACUCCUCUGCUAAAUCCCUUCAUCUACACAUUCAGAAACAAGGAGGUGAAAGAAAUUUUGAAAAAGACUUUCAGUUGGAAAACAGAAAGCCACGCAUAAAGAUUUUGUCCUGGACUGUUUUUUGAAGCAUAGCAGAAAAGAGCAGCAGCUUCAGGGAUGUUUCAAGUUUCAAGAAAAGAUUUCUUCUAGAAUGUUCUCAGUCCUCAGCUAAGUUACACAUCUGUAUUCAUGACAUGACCUUCUUAAACUUUCAGAACAGAAAAAAGGUUUGCCAACAACACAGAUUUAAUAUAUCUUUGGAAGAAAAUCAAGAUGUCUUUUCAGUAACCGUGCUGUCAGACUGGAAAUGGGCCACCAUCGGAGGCACAAAUAGUGACAGAGGACUGUUUCUCCUUUUCCAAGUGGGUCAGCACUUCUGUUCCCUUUGCUUCAAUCUCAGGUUUGCAAAUUCAAGUGUCUUUUUAGGUUACAUAACUGCAACUUAGUCUUGCCUGCCCUUCUCUUGGAGAACACAGGGCAUUGAAAAAAAAAAAAAAAGAAAGAAAAGAAAAAAAACCACAGCAAUUGUAAAUUUCCCCCUUUUGAUCAUUCUCAGGUGUACAAACUAAUUAUUUUAUUUUUACAGAAAUCCCAUUUCCCUCUUCUUCCCGCCUGCAUUUCCAGAGAAGCAAUCGUCCCCUCACAAGUGUAGCACUUGUGAGGCUGUGCAGUGAAUAUCUUGUUUAGUUUGGGGCCCUUUGCUACAAAAAGGUUACUGACUUGCUUGAACAUGUGCAGAGAAGAGCAACAAGGCUGAUGAAGGGACUAGAAAAUAAGGCACAGACGUACAAGGGAACUGUGACUUUAAUCUGGAGGAAAGGAGGCUGAGGGAAGACUUCAUCACUCUCUAUAACAUCCAUUUGCAGGGACAACCUGUAAACUACAGAACGAUACCUGCUGUAAAGAGAAGUGAUGGUAAUUGGGGUGUAUGGGAAACUGUGGGACCUGAACAUGCUUCAAAUGGUACAGAAUAAGGUGUGGUUAUUGGCCAUGUUUCAGAUGGGAUGGAGUUGAUUUGAUUUGCUUCAGAGUGUCUGGAAUAAUGCCAUGGUUUGGCUUUAGGAGAAAAACAAUUUUGAUAACACAGCAUUGUUGUGCAGCUAUUGCAGAGCAGUGCAUUUCAUUUUCUUGUACUGCCCUGCCAGUGAGGGGGCUGAGAGGGCACACAAGGAGCUGCGAGGGGACAGUACCAGGAUAGCUGACUUAAACUGCCCAAAGGGAUAUUCUGUACCAUAUGAGAAACCUAUAUCAUGUGAUAAAACUAUAACAUGGAGGGAAAUUGGCCGAGGGGCAGCCACUGCUUGGUGAAAGGAUAGGCAUUUGUCAGUGCAUGGUGAGCAAUUGUGUUGUGUACCACUUAAUUUGUGUACGUAUGGAUGCAGA